AGCAACUGGAAAUAUUAGUUUUAAGUAAUAAUAAUAUGAAUUACAUAAACCAGAAUGCUUUCUCUGAAAUGAAGACUCUAAAGAAACUCUACUUAAAUCAUAACAACUUAAAUUUACUGUUAAGAAUGGACAGUCCGGUGUUAUUUCUUAAUGGGUUGUCGGAACUGAGAUUGUUAGACCUCUCCAGUAAUGGCUUCAGUAACAUCCAUGUGGACUCUUUUGCUGAUCUUAGAAGUCUUAAUAAUUUGUCCAUCAGCCAUAAUAAGUUGAUGACGCUUUCAAAUAACCUCUUUAAACCUACAGUGAGAUUGCAAUAUCUAGAUCUGAGCAACAAUAAAUUUAAUCUUUUCAAUCAAUCUAUGUUCCAAAAUAGUAUGCCGCAUUUGGAAAAGAUGGCUGCUGGUGGUAGCAAUCCGUUUGCUUGUACAUGUGACUUAGAAUGGUUCAGAAAUUGGAUUGACUCUUCCAAGGUGUCCAUAGUUGACAUAAAUGAGUGUAUUUGUGAUUCCCCUCCAGCCUACCGCAACAAACCUAUUCUAAGUUUCCACCCGCAAGAUCUUAACUGUGACCAUAAAAUUCCUUUAUAUAUUUGGAUAGUUAUCGGAACAGGUUUGAUAUUAACUAUUAUAAUUACAAUUGCAAUUGUUAAAAAGAGAUACUAUAUAAAAUAUUUGUAUUAUGUUGUCAGAGCGCAUACAAAAGGCUACCAACCACUUGACAAUGAGGAUAAUAAUUAUGUGUAUGAUGCAUUUGUGUCCCAUAGUAGUGAGGAUGAAAAAUGGGUUAAAGAUAUGCGUGAAAAGUUAGAAAAAGAAAAUGGGUUCAAACUCUGCUUUCAUAAAAGGGAUUUUGACAUUGGAAAACCGAUAGCAACAAAUAUCAUUGAAAGCAUUGAUGCUAGUCGUCAUACAAUUUGUGUAAUAACAGAAGCAUUUUUGGAUAGUGGCUGGUGCAAAUACGAACUACAGUUUGCAUUGUCACGGCUUUUCAAGGAACGUAAGGAGGUCAUUAUUUUGAUCUUUUUACAGAAAA